AUGGGAUCAUCAGCUAAUAUCCCCGUUGUUGAGCUUCUUGCUCUGCUUAUUCUACUUCAAAGCUUUUUAUUCUGCUGCAGUGGAACUAAUUUCCAUGGAAGCUGUAUCAAUAUUGAAAGAGAAACUCUUCUCAGGUUCAAGUCAAGCCUGGCCAACAGUUCAAACACAUUGACUUCAUGGGUGGGAGAUAACUGCUGCAGAUGGGAAGGAGUUUCUUGCGACAACACAACCGGUCAUGUCGUUGAGCUCGACCUUUUUAUGCGCGGACUCGAGGGAAAGGUUUCCCUUCAUCUUGGCAACCUUUCAAACUUGCAGCAUCUUGAACUUGGUUCCAAUGGAUUGGCAAUCGACACCCUCUAUUUUCCAUCUUCUUUGAAAUACUUAGACUUGGAGGGCGUGCCCCUCAACAAGUGUGCCAAUUGGUUGCAGUCAAUAAACAUGCUUCCUUCUCUACUGGAAUUAUAUUUAUCUUUUUGUGAGCUUUCCAUCACAGGUCAUGUUUCCCAUGUCAAUCUUACAUCUCUUGAGGUUCUCAAUCUUAGAGGGAACAACUUCAAUUCCACAAUCCCCAGCUGGUUAUUUAAUAUUACCAACCUUCAGCACCUUGAUCUGAGUUACAGUGCUUUCCGAGGCUCUCUUUCAACUCAGAUUGGUAAUCUUAAUUCUCUUUCUUUCCUUGAUCUGUCUUAUAAUUCUCUGGAAGGUAAUAUACCCAAAACGUUGAACAAGCUUUGCAAUUUGAGUGAGCUACACUUGGAAACCAACAAGUUCAGCGGUGAGAUAUCUGGACCAUUUGGCAACUCUUCCAGUUGCAUCCACAACAGUUUGCAGCAUCUGUAUCUUUCCAAUAAUUCAUUUUCUGGCAGUCUUCCAAAUAACUUGGGAGAGUUUAAACGCCUGAAAGUUCUUCAACUUUCUCAUAACUUUUUCUGCGGCUCAAUUCCUGUAUCAAUUGGACAUCUUUGCAACCUACAAACACUAAAUUUCAGUCAGAAUUCAUUGCAUGGGGAAGUUACUGAACUUCACUUGUCAAAACUUGGAGCUUUGUCUGAGCUGGUUAUGAGUGGGAAUUCUUUAGUUUUUGAUAUUGAUGCCAAAUGGAUACCUCCUUUUCAACUUUACUGGAUUGACUUAUCUUCUUGCAAACUAGGGCCUCGGUUUCCACAGUGGCUCAAAACACAGAAGAGAAUUGUAUAUUUAGUGAUGUCCAAUGCAAGCAUCUCAGAUAGCAUCCCUGAUUGGUUUGAAAACAUUUCUUCCACUAUUGAAGGACUGGAUCUAUCUUAUAAUCAGCUCUUUGGAAGCUUGCCAAAUUUAAGAAAAGUAGACACACUUGGUGAUAGGUUCAUAUCAUUGAAAUUUAACAAGUUUGUUUCUUUAGCCAAUUUUCAUACUGAUGCAGGCAUAUUGGACCUCUCCAACAACUUGCUUCAUGGCCAGAUUCCCAGGAAUAUCAGCAAAAUGAUGCCAAGAUUGCAAUUUUUAUCACUCUCCAACAACUAUUUGAAUGGUACAAUUCCAGCUUCUUUAUGCAGGAUUAUAUCUUUUAAUAUUCUUAUUCUUUCUAGAAAUCGUCUGUCGGGAAGAAUACCUUCAUGUUUGGGAAAUUUGGGAGAUUUAACGGUGAUUGAUCUUUCAUAUAAUAUGCUGAGUGGCCAUGUUCCAAUGUCCUUGGGUUCUCAACACUUUCUUGCUUCCCUGCAUCUGCAAAACAAUAAUCUUCAAGGAAAGAUCCCAAUGUCAUUGAGGAAUCUAGUGUACUUGGAGGCUCUUGAUCUCAGCAUGAAUGCUUUUGAUGGUUUUAUUCCUUGGUGGAUAGGUGAAAGCCUAUCUGCAUUGAAAAUGCUCAGUCUUCACUCCAAUAAAUUUGAAGGUGAGAUUCCUUUGCAGCUUUGUCACCUUGCUUCUCUUCGCAUAUUGAACUUGGCAAACAACAUGAUGACUGGAACCGUUCCUACUUGUUUUGGCAAUUUUACUGCAAUUUCUACGCACGAAAACAACGGAAUUUGGGACUAUCACUCUUAUGCAUUGGAUGGGUCUUUCGAAGGAGAUGUCUAUGGUGAGAAUGUGCAGGUUUAUGUCAAAGGAAUAGAGCUUGAAUAUACUAGAACACUUCGAUUUCUCUAUUCCAUUGACCUUUCAGGAAACAACUUUGUUGGAGAAAUUCCCCAGGAGUUGAUGAAUCUUUCAGGUCUACAGAACCUGAAUCUAUCUACAAACAAAUUGGAUGGACAUAUCCCUUGGAACAUUGGCAAGUUAAGCUCACUAGAAUCACUUGACUUGUCUGAAAAUGAACUUUCUGGCUCUAUUCCAUUCAGCAUUUCUGAUUUGAACUUUUUAAGUCACUUGAAUUUGUCAUUCAAUCACUUAUCUGGACGAAUUCCAAAGGGAAACCAACUUCAGACUUUGGAUGACAAAUCCAUCUACAUCGGCAACGAUGGAUUUUGUGGACCUCCAUUGAAUAACUGUUCAGAUGAUGCAGAUGAAUUGCCUAAAGGUCAUGAAAAAGGUGGCACUACGAGGAAAGAUGACUCUGAAAUGGUUUGGUUCUACAGUGGUAUGGGAAUGGGAUUUGCGGCUGGAUUUGUUGGAGUUUGUAGCAUCUUGUACUUCAACGACUCAUGGAGGUGUGCUUGGUUUGGGUUAGUUGACAGAGUCUACAACAAGUUUUGGGUAACAAUUGCAAUUAAGGCAAAUCAAGUGAAGAGAAAGUUUCUCAGAAACAAAUUAGAAGGAAAUGCAUGAGAAGGUUCGGACCCGAGGAACCGAGGACCCCAGCAGUGAG